UUCAGGUGAAUUGAAAGAUGCAGCCGCAUGUAGCCGUGAUUUGUGCGAUGGCUGCCCUGCUCUGUCUCCUCACACAACCCACCAACUGCGAUGACGUCAUCAUUCAGAAGAGGGUAGACGAUUCAGACUUGGCUGCUAUAUUCGAUCCCAAAAGGAAGAAACCAUUCUGCAAUGCUUUCACAGGAUGCGGCCGUAAACGAUCGGACGAAUCAAUGGCGACUCUCGUGGAUCUGAACUCUGAGCCGGCCGUUGAAGAGCUGAGUCGACAAAUUCUUUCCGAAGCCAAACUGUGGGAAGCAAUCCAGGAGGCAAGGCAGGAGCUAUUGAGGAGACGUCAGCAGGAAGGAAAGCUGCCACCCAUUCCCUACACUCUGACAGGCAUGAGAAGGAAGAAACGAUCUCCUGAGGCACCACUCACAAACUGAAUUUAAAUUAAUUAUUUUAAAUUAAAAUUGUUCUCUUUCUACACUCACUGUCUUAGAAAGUAGUUGUCCGAAUAAAAAGUUUCAAUGUCA